GAGCCUCCAGCGACAAUAAGGCCGAUUCAGUUUUCCACGUUUCCGGCGAAAAUACGGUUAAAAGUCGAGGUUUUUCCGGGCGAAAGCGGCCGAACCGGUGCGGGUCGUCGGUGGAUUCUCUCAGCAUGACGUCUCGCGUCGGCCUUCGGGCCGCAGGCAUCAAUGGAAGUGGAUUCAAACCCAGAGAGAAGGCGCUCCCGCCUUUCCAGAUGAGCUCUUCCCUGAAGUCGGAGAUCCGUAAGCUGAACCUGGUGCACCUGCUGCUGUGGCUGCUGGUGGCGGCUCAGGUGAGCGUGAGCCGGCUGGAGCUGGUUUCCCCCGAGCGGGUGUCGGCUCCGUACACGUGGGAGUACCCGUACCUGCUGAGCCUGGUCCCCCUGCUCUGCAGCAGCCUGUCUCUGCCCGGCAGCAACGUCAGCUACCUGGUCAUGUCCAUGAUCAGCGCGGGGCUGUUCUCCGUGGCGCCGCUCAUCUACGGCGGCAUGGAGAUGUUCCCCGUGGCCCAGCAGCUCUACCGCCACGGCAAGGCCUACCGCUUCAUCUUCGGCUGCUCCGCCGUGACCGUCAUGUACCUGGUCAUGGUGGUGGCCGUGCAGGUGCACGCCUGGCAGCUCUACUACAUGAAGAAACUGUUGGACUCCUGGUUCGAUGCCACUCAGGAGAAGAAGAAGAAGUAACGGCGUCGAAACAACUGUGAUGGGAAAAAUAAGAUGUCUUUUUUAUGGGGAUUUACUUUUGCAGUUAUAACCAGUA